AUGUUCAGUCUCGCAUGGGUGUCCAGGUCGUUAAACCAUCCACAAGGCAAGCGAGGGCUGCUCUCAACGCUGGUAUGCCUCAUCUGUGUGGGGAUUUUGGCGUUUUGCGUCUCCACAAGCCAUUCUAUAGUUAUAAUGAGUGCAAUGUGGAUUACAAUCUUUGCAUUUUGCUCUCAGUUCGCCUCGCUUUACUCCAUGUCGAUCACUGAUAAGCCAACGCAUAAAUUCAGCUAUGGGCUCGCGAGGGUCCCGGUUUUGGCCGUUUUCAGUACUACUACGCUAGCCCAGCUGUUUUCCAUCUUUUUGUCGAAAGAGUCGUUCGAGCACUUGCUAUCGCCGGACCAUCAUGGAUCGCAUGACGCAUCGGCCGCUCAUGAGCAUGAGGUGGAGGAAAUUGGUGGAGGAUGGCCUUAUUUCGUUGGCUCCGCCGCCACCUCCGUUGCCCUCCUGCUCUCCGCCUACGCUCUCAAAAAUCAGCCCUUCCAACAUGUUCUCACCUCGGCGACGGCUUCAAGUCUUCAGGAGCACGCCGCCGAUUUGUCCCAUGCCGUCUGUUUUGUGAUUCCUGGACUCUCUCGGCUCCUACUGCCACGUAUCAACUCGAUGGUACUGUUGGCGGCGACGACGAGUGGACUUUUGAUGCUUUGCGAGCAUUUUAAACACGAUUUCGCGUGGGCGGACCCUGUGUGCUGUCUGAUUCUCUCGGUUGCCGUGUUCUCUACAAUGUGGCCCCUAUCCACUUAUACUGGAAUGAUACUGCUCCAAACGACGCCCCCGCACUUGAUUAAUCAAAUUGAUCGAUGCCUAUCCGAAGCGUCCCAUAUCGAUGGAGUACUCGAGCUGAAGAGUGGAAGGUUUUGGCAGUUGGAUUUUAAUCAAUUGGUGGGUACUGUAGACGUGCGUGUCCGUCGUGAAGCCGAUGAGCAGAAUGUGCUUGCUCAUGUCACAGAGAAGCUGUCGUCAGUAAUUACGGUACUUACCGUACAAGUGGUCAAGGAUGCGGCAUGGUCGGCAGGAGAAGUACAGUACUCCAAUGGACACGUUCAUAACGGAGGAGGUCAUGGUCAUAGUCAUGGGGCAGGAGCGGAGGAUCAUGGGCACUCUCAUGGGGGACAACAGGACCAUGGACACAGUCAUGGGGGAGAUCAUGGGCAUAGCCAUGAUCAUGGAUCUCAUGGGCACAGUCAUGGAGGAGGAGAAGGAAGCCAUGGACACACUCAUGAUGGUGUCGUUUAUCAUUAA